UCUUGCCUUCAGCUGAUUUGUAAUACUGACAAGGAACGGAACAGCUGAACAUCAACUUUUUGUGCCAUAUUUACUGCUUGCUAAUACCAGUCCGAAAAUAUUUCUCUGCAUUCGCUCGUUUCAUGCAAAGGUCUUCUAUGACCCUGUCAACUAUGUGACAGGCUUGAAAAAUGUCUUGGUUUUUAUUCUUGUAACUUUUUACCAGAGGUCGUAGAGGCUCUAUCCCGUUCAAAAUCUUGUGCCUUUAUUUUGGUUUUUGAGUCGCAGAACCAUUCUUCUUCAAAGCCAGUGCGUAGCGCAUCAUAAAACACGCUGUAGAGUUGGGGCUUGAAGAUAGACUCUAUUACUGCAACAUGAUGACGUUCGACCAAACAAGUGCGUGAAAGUUUGACUAAAUCAUUUAUCUGUAUUCCUGCGAGGUCCAUUACAUCUCCGGAGUGUGUCAUUUACUGUAUGACCAACCAUUUUAGCGUAAUAGUUAAAAUAUUCAAGCAAUUUUCCAGGAAAAAGGGCACUUUUCCCCUUUUGAGAAAAAGGGCAGGGGUCUGGACCCCCAGGACCCCCCCCGUAGUUGCGCGCCUGGGAGAUGCACGAGACACGACAGCAGCUUUCAGAGGUGUUCUCUGCGUGGUACAAUUAUACCUACAUAAGACGUCGUGCUCUUAAGGAAUUUGAACUGACAAAGCAGAAUAAAAUCUUCAGAAAAUGGAUGCAAGAAUACAACAAAUCUUGAGAGACGGCAAACUAGCGUUGAUUUGGGAACACAAACGAUUUCAACGGGCCUAUGAUACACGUUAAGCUGAUAUUUUCAAAAAUGAUUUGGAUAUAUCAUUGCCGUUAUUUUUAAAAACUCUUGAAAAUUCUCUCAAAAUUUUUUUGACAACACUUUUCCUGACUUUCUCACAUCUAAAAACUUCUGCAUAGAGUCUCUUUGUCUUUAGUUGCAUUUUCCUUGUCGAUUUUUCUUUUUAAAAUUUAUCCGAUUUGAAAAUGAUCUUACCGUGGGGAUAUCUUAUGUAUGGCCUAACACGAAGACCUUAUCUUCUACGCAACUAGCUUUCAUGAGUGCAAUAGACUUUUUGCAAGUACUGGCUUUUCAUGAUAGACCCGACUUUUAAGAAUUAAAGUUGUACAGAAAAUCCUAGGUUUUGUAUGCAUUGUAAUUAAUACGAAUAAAUAUAUUUCAAAUUACUAGACUUCGUGAAUGUUUGUUAUUAUUUAUAUCAUUGUAAAUAACAACACUGUGAAAGAUAUUGAUAGAAACAAGUUUUGUGCUUAUAAAUUUUGGAAAUAAUUUUGAUUUGAAUUUUUGACUAUGCUGUAGAUAAAUUGAUUGAGAAGAGAUAUAAGUAAAUAUGCUAAUCUGGCCGCCAUUUUAUUCUUAAGCCUUAUGACAUGAAGACAAUUUCAUAUAUUGGACGAGCUUAUGCUUGAUGGUUUGCUUAAGGUACAGGACGAUGGAGAGCCCUCCCUUUCCCCAUGAAUACUCUAAUGAUUAAUAUAUAAAACUAUGAAAGCCCUAACGUAAUUUUAGCAAACCAAUUUCAGAUAACUGGCAACUCGGUUUCUGUUUGGCUUGGCUACUAGUUUUCCAUCGCCUCUAAACGAUUGUAUAUUAAUUUUACAGUAUAUUCAACGCAGAAUUCUCGCGUUUUUACCGCAUAUCUUGAGCUUUCAUCGCAUUGGUUUUAAAUUUGACGUCACUGAUAACCAAAGAAAUCUCACGUCACAUUAAAAGAGCUUCGAUGUGAAUUCGCUUCAAUUCUGGUUGAGUUACCGUUGAGUGAGGACCGUUUUGCCGUUUAGGUGAAAUUUCGCUGCUUACCUCUGCGUAUUUGGAGGAAAUCGAUCGUGUUUCAGCUUUAAGCUGAAUCGAUUUACUUUUAUUUAGUAUUCUUUAUUAAUUUUACAAAUUUUAUUGGAAGUUUCAAGUCAGAAGUUGAGAAAUCUCGGACCAGAGCGAGACAGGUUGGUAUCUCAUUCAAGUCAAACUUCUUUUUCAAAUCACAAAUUCUUACCAAAGAACAACUUAAAGCUAAGAUGUAUUAAAGUAAUACUUGGUGUGUUUAAUUUCUUUCACUAGGAAAAGAGUUUUCUUAUUGAUUUUUGCAAGUUCUCAGGUUUUCUGAUGUUGACUUGAUCUACUAUCUACUUCAGGAGAGCGGUUCGUUUUCGAAGCCCAAGUCACCCUUUGGAAGGGUACACACGUGCAUUCCCUUGACCCUCUAUCGUGUUUAGGUAGGGGCAAGGAAAGAAUGUCGUGUUCAGAAGAGGACGAGGUCAUAAACCUUGAAGAUUCUGCAAAUUCUGAAGGUAAGACGGGGCUGAAAGGCGUACACCUGCAACCUGAUGUCGUUAAUAGCUGCGAUUGGAUUGAAGGCAAGAGCAAUGCGACAAGAAAACCAGUCCGUGUGAAGUGGUUUGUGCCACCACCAGUGGUGCAACCGGCUGGGAAUACGGAACAAAAUGAAGACAGAGAAGGUCAGAUAACUGACAGUUUGAAAGCUACAAGUGCCAAUACCUUUGAUGUUAAGGAAGAAAGCAAAGAGGCUUCCUGGCAGAAAAGCCAAGAGCUGAAGAAAAAGAGGCUUAGAUGGCAAUUAGAGAAAUUAAGAACAACGGAGACUGCCACUAAGCACGAAAAUUUGUACCCAGAAGUAAAGGAGGUACAUGCCAAAGCGACACAGACACUCAAUACCCAAAGCCGAAAAGGGCUGGACGAGAAGAUGAUGUAUAAGAUGAAAGAAAAGCAACUGAGCCAACAGGUUGAUCAGCUAAAGAAGGAGCUAGCGAUGUGCAAAAAGAAACUGGCCAAAGAAAUACGCAACUUUGAGAAGCAGGAAGUAAGGAGGUUGCUAACAGCAGACAAGUCAGUUCUAGACUCUGAAAAUGAAGACAUCAUCGUGGAAGGGAAAGGCCAAUUGGAAAACCGCUGCUCUGUUUCUGAGAGCGAGAAGAAAGACCUGAAAGAGAGACUUGAACAGUCUGAGUCUGAUAAUGCCCGAAUGAAGAGAGAGCUGGAUGAUUUGGCUGCUAAGUUUAAUGCAAUGCAAAGAAACAUGGAAAUUGCAAAGCCUCUGAGUUCGGGAAUUCAAGGAGAGGCUGUAAAGAAUAUCGAGGCUUAUGAAUCAGAGUUCGUCGAUAAAAUAGGGUUGGUUCUCGAUAAAACUAUAUCUAAUCGCAGCCAAGGCGAAAUUGGUGCUGGAGAUGAUCAAUACAAAAAGGGUAAUUAUUGAAGAAUUCAUAAUCAUAUCUUCGUGAGUCAAUUGACGGCUUUUAAUUAAAAAUUCUUCGAAAUUUCUUUGAGAAUCCAAAAAGGGUUUCUUCUAUUUCGUAGCUAAGUUUCAACCUAGCUGUAAAAACGAUUUUUAGACAUUUCAGCCUCAACUUGAGCAAACCAUACAAGUGUAGAAUUUUUCGACUUUUGUUUCGAUCUCCUUAUUACCAUGAACGUUUUUGCUCAACUUCAACUAACCAAUGAUUUGAAUUGUUCUGAAAUUUAGACAAACAUUGCUCUUUUAGGUUCAAAGAAUCGAAGUUACUUGGAUCGAAGGGAGCAAGAGGUUUUGUCAAGGGGUGGAUUUAUCCAUCAUGUCGAUGACCUCUCCAACAAGAGUGAUGACGAAAUCAGCUUGGGAGAGUUUUCACCUCGUAGUAGAGACGAGGCCUCUACUAAGAAAGGGAAAUGGAGGUUGAUAACGAAGACAAAACGUAUGAGGGAGACUGGAUACGACAGUUGUGAGGGUGAUGAUAUUUCUUUCAAAGGACAAGGGUUGGUCCUGGGAGCUGUUACGUACAGUGAGAGCAAGACCAAUCUUGUUAAGAUAAAGAAAGGAACUUUUCGCAGAAAGGAAAGGUAUAAAAAGGUUCAUUAUACCAUGGAGAAGAAAAAAGGCCUCAUGAGCUUUAUCCGUGACUGGAAAAUGAAAAGGCGUCUGAAGAAAACUCGGGAACCAGAAGUGUCAGCCAGCAGAGAUACAGUCGAAGGACCUGGUACAGAUAAUGACGUAGUUCCCAUUAGAAGUAAUUACAGUGAGACAAACCUUUGUCGCAAACAGGGAACCUUGUGGGAUGGCCUGCAGGGAAGUCUAGAGCAGUGGGGUAUUCAAGACAAUGCUCUUUCUGAGGAUAGUAGUGGGUCAAAGGAUCACAGAAUUGUGGCACAAAGGCAAGCAGAGAGACCUGCGAAACCCGAGAGUUCUAAAAAAGAAAAGGAAAUGAACGGAAGAGUAAAGAGAGAAGAUCUCAAGAGAAAGGGGUUGCUAAGCAGUUUGAGAGGAUGUUUUGGAGGUAGAAAAGGCAAAGUGUCAGACUGCAAUAGUGAAACAUAUGGGGCAGAGAAUACCCCGUAUAAAGAUGACACAAAGUCUAGUACAAGGACUGCAUCUAUGGAGUCAAAAACAGAAGUUCGCCGUAUUUUGUUUUCUGAUCAAAAUGAGCCUAAAAAUGUUCAAGCCUGGGUGUACAGCGCUGACAGUGAUGAAAGUGGGAGUUAUA